UCACAAAAUCAAACAAGUCGUUUGGCAUUGGUUCUGUUGUUCUUUAUUUUGCUCUGAAAGAACAACAGACUCCAAUCCCAUAAAACCGCAAUUCUGGAUCUCUCAAAUCAAACCCAAAACCGCAGAUUCUUGGUUUUGGGAGAUGAACAGAAGCAUUUGGGUUUUGAAUCGUAAAAAACAAUGACAGGAGUGUUGUCAUUGGGCCCAAGAGGAGGCGGAGUUAGUAGCUAUGGCUUCUCAAGAAAACCUUCUUCCAAAAUGCUUUUGUUGAGAGAUAAAGAUAAGGAUAAGGACCGUUAUUUCAACCCCUUUGUUUGCUGCCGUUAUUAUUUAGCUCGGAGACGGGUGGCUAUGAUGCUUUUGGUGGGGCUUGCUCUUCUUGUUUUCAUCUGGGGUUCUCUCAAUGUUAGUAAAGAAAGUUCUAGUCCAGAUAUUAAGGGACCAAGUGGUGGCUCAAUUCAUUACAUGGAAAAUAAUGGUCGAGGAGCUCCCCCUUCUCUCCGGCGACCUCAUGCUGCAGGUGCUGAUUCAAGUGACCAGCAAGCCGAUAAUGACACUGGCGAAAUAAAUGAUAGUACUAGAACCCCUAUAUCUUACCGUCAAACUACUGAGGUCAGUGAUGGUUCAUCAGAUCAUCCAUGCCACGAGUUUUCAUUCCCUCCUCCCCCUCCACCUGGUGGAAAACGACGUGGACCACGCCCCUGUCCGGUAUGUUAUCUCCCGGCAGAGCAGGCGAGAGCUAGAAUGCCAAGUUCUCCAUCAGUGUCACCAGUGCUUUACAACCUGACAUAUGUUGUUGAUGAAAAUCCACUGAAAACUGAACCACUUGGUGGUUCUGAAUUUGGUGGAUAUCCUUCUUUACAAGAGAGGAACGAUUCUUAUGACAUAAGAGAGUCCAUGAAGGUGCACUGUGGAUUUGUUAAAGGAAGUAAACCCGGUCUCCAUACUGGAUUUGAUAUAGAUGAAGCUGAUCUGAGGGAGUUGGAGCAGUUUCAUGACGUCAUUGUUGCUUCAGCCAUAUUUGGGAAUUAUGACUUAAUACAACAGCCCAAGAACAUUAGUGAAGCAGCAAUGAAAGAUGUUCCUUUCUACAUGUUUAUUGAUGAAGAAACUGAGGCAUAUAUGAAGAAUGUGAGUAUUCUGGAUAAGAGUAUGAAAGUUGGUUUAUGGAGGAUCAUCGUUGUCCAUAAUAUUCCAUACACGGAUCCAAGACGUAACGGAAAGGUCCCAAAGCUUCUGUUGCAUAGGAUCUUUCCUAAUGUUCGAUACUCUAUAUGGAUUGAUGGAAAGCUCCGGCUUGUUGAGGACCCGUAUAAAGUUCUUGAGAGGUUUCUAUGGAGCCAAAAUGCUAGUUUUGCAAUCUCGAGACAUUAUAGACGCUUCGAUGUUUUUGUAGAGGCUGAAGCUAAUAAAGCUGCUGGGAAGUAUGAUAAUUCCUCCAUUGACUACCAGAUUGAUUUAUAUAAAAGCGAGGGCCUCACACCAUACACUCGGGCUAAACUUCCAAUAACUAGCGAUGUUCCAGAAGGUUGCGUUAUAAUCAGAGAACAUAUUCCCAUUACUAAUCUGUUUACAUGCUUAUGGUUCAACGAAGUUGAUCGGUUUACUGCUAGAGAUCAGUUAAGCUUUUCCACAGUAAGGGAUAGAAUAAUGAAAACAAUUGAUUGGAGCAUAAGUAUGUUUUUGGAUUGUGAGAGGCGCAAUUUUGUUUUUCAGAAUUAUCACAAAGAGAUAUUAGACCACCUACCACCUCCCAUUGUCCGAGGACCACCGGUCAUGCGACGUUAUGGUUCAGCCGGAAGAUAUCCAGUGAGGAGUUCUUCUCGGCGUGGGAAAGAUAGAAGAUAUAGUGCAAGACAUCACCGGAAGGCCGUGGCAGGUGACCGGUUCAAACAGGCUAUUUUAUAGGACAAGAAAUCAAUUUUAGCCUUUUUGUUUCCAAAUUUUCCAAUAUCUUUAGCUAUGAUGCAUCUUGAGGAAGGAGGAUUUGAUUGCUAGUGAUCAAAGGAUCAAGAGUGGAUCAAAAUUUUGUGUGAAAAUUGUGGACAUCUAUUCAUUCUUUUAUUUUGUAUAUACCACAUACCAAAUAAUCCCCAUAUAAGCUGCAGUUGUUCAAAGCCA